AUGUAUAAGAGGCAAGAUGAGGCGAGUGAUGUGGAAACAUGCAGCAUGAGUGACUGGCUGGCAGCCUCCACCUGCGCCGGCGAAAGGAACCCAGCCCGCCAGGAGAGGCCAGACACCUGCCACCUGGGCUCCGGAGGAACACUUCGUUCAUGGCAGACUACAGUCCGGCAGAGGAACCCAGCCCGCCAGGAGAGGCUAGACAAAUGCCACCUGGAGGAACACUUCUUCCACGCCAGACUACAGCCCGGCAGAGGAACCCAGCCCGCCAGGAGAGACUACAGCCCGGCAGAGGAACCCACCCCCGCCAGGAGAGGCCAGACACCUGCCACCUGGAGAAACACUUCGUUCAUGGCAGACUACAGUCUGGCAGAGGCACCCAACCCGCCAGGAGAGGUUAGACCCAUGCCACCUGGGCGAUGGAGGAACACUUCGUCUACGGCAGACUACAGCCCAGCAGAGGAACCCAGCCCGCCAGGAGAGGCUAGACACAUGCCACCUGGGCGAUGGAGGAACACUUCGUCCACGGCAGACUACAGCCCGGCAGAGGAACCCAGCCCGCCAGGAGAGGCUAGACACAUGCCACCUGGGCGAUGGAGGAACACUUCGUCUACGGCAGACUACAGCCCGGCAGAGGAACCCAGCCCGCCAGGAGAGGCUAGACACAUGCCACCUGGGCGAUGGAGGAACACUUCGUCCACGGCAGACUACAGCCCGGCAGAGGCACCCAGCCCGCCAGGAGAGGUUAGACCCAUGCCACCUGGGCGAUGGAGGAACACUUCGUCCACGCCAGACUACAGCCCAGCAGAGGAACCCAGCCCGCCAGGAGAGGCUAGACACAUGCCACCUGGGUGA